UGUCUCCCAGCAGCUCCAGUUAAGACGGUGACUCCCAAAGCUACUGCUAAGAAGGACUCAUCCAGUUCUGACAGCUCUGAUUCAAGUUCAGAGGAUAAAGCAAAGAAACCAGCUGCUAAAACUGCUCCAGCUAAAGCAGCCCCAGCUAAGAAAGCACCUAAAAAAGUCGCUCCUGCUCAGAAAAAGGACUCUUCAAGUUCCGAUUCUUCAAGCUCAGAGGAUGAAGCAGCAAAGCCUGCUGUCAAAUCUACACCUGCAAAAGCUGCAUCUGCUAAAUCUACACCUGCAAAAGUCACCCCGGCUGCAGACAAGGCUUCAUCUUCUAGCUCUGAAGACUCGGACGAUGAGGAGGAGGCCAAGAAACCAGCAGCUAAAGUUGUCCCAGUUAAACCUGCGCCAGCCAAGAAAAUGCCAGCUAAAGUCAAGCCCGCUGCAAAAGAAUCGUCAUCUAGCUCUGAGUCUGAGGAAGACCAACCAUCUACACCUGCAAAAGCUGCAUCUGCUAAAUCUACACCUGCAAAAGCUGCAUCUGCUAAAUCUACACCUGCAAAAGCUGCAUCUGCUAAAUCUACACCUGCAAAAGCUGCAUCUGCUAAAUCUACACCUGCAAAAGCUGCAUCUGCUAAAUCUAAAGCUGCAUCUGCUAAAUCUACACCUGCAAAAGUCACCCCGGCUGCAGACAAGGCUUCAUCUUCUAGCUCUGAAGACUCGGACGAUGAGGAGGAGGCCAAGAAACCAGCAGCUAAAGCUGUCCCAGUUAAACCUGCGCCAGCCAAGAAAAUGCCAGCUAAAGUCAAACCCGCUGCAAAAGAAUCGUCAUCAUCUAGCUCUGAGUCUGAGGAAGACAAACCCGCCACAAAACCAACCCCAGCCAAGGCUGCUCCUGCUAAAGCUGCUCCUCCAAAGACGACCCCUGCUAAGAAAGAUGAUUCCUCAAGUUCAGAUUCAGACAGCUCUGAAGAUGAGGCACCAGCUAAACCAGCAGCUAAGGCCAAGCCUUUGAGCACUCCUAAACCUGCAGCCAAGCCCGCCGAAUCCAGCUCUGACUCGGACAGCUCUUCAGAUGAAGAACCUCAAAAGAAAGCCGUCACCACACCGGUAUCCAAACCUGGUACCCCAGCUAAACCUGCAGUUGCAGCUAAACCAGCUGAUAGCAGUUCUGACUCUGAAACCGACAGCUCUGACUCUGAACAUGAGACUCCGGCUGCUAAGAAAGCUAAACCAGCAGCAGCUACUGCUACUAAGAGCCCUGCUUCUGCCUCCAAACCACCUGCUCCAGCCAGUAAGAAUGCAGCUGAGUCCAGCAGCAGUGAUUCGGACAGUUCCAGUGAAGACGAGAAGAAAGUAAAGACUACUGUGACACCCAAAGCAGCAGCAGCUAAGCCGGCCGUGACUCCAGUUAGCGCGAAGAAAGCGGAGAGCAGUAGCUCAGACUCUGAGACCGAGGCUAAGAAGACUCCCGCCAAGCCUGCAGUCACCAACAGAAAGGCUGCUACAACAAAAACGCCCACCUCAGCAGCGAAGACGCCAGCUAAAAAGACAGCAGAGUCUUCAUCCUCGAGUGACAGCAGUUCUGAUGAAGAGGAGUCUCCUAAAACACCAGCUGUGAAGACACCACCUGCUACAAAAGCACAGGCUGCUAAGGCCAAAGCAGACAGCAGCUCGUCUGAGGACUCUUCAUCUGAAGAAGAGGAGACGACGGCGACACCCAAGACUCCUGUCACAACAAACGGUAUUCACAGUACUCAAUAUGUCUGAUAGCAAGGUGUUUUG